CUGUGCAUUAGGAAUGAGAGCAUUUCAGGAAUGAUCCAGGAAAUUGAGAAGCAUAUAAACAGCACAGUCCUCUCCUGCAUGGAUGUGAAGGAGAUGAUUGAUACAGUGGGCAAAAUUCUGCUGAGGCAGCUGAAGUCCAGGAUCAACUCCCUGAAGAUGGAGGUGGACAACAAGAGUGUUCAGAGGACAGGGGAGCUGCAGGAGGUCUUGGCUGCCUUGCAGCGGCCCACUCAGCUCUACCUGCAAAUGAAACAGCUGCUGGACUCCCACCCGAACGCCGUGCACUUCCUCAGGGAGGACAAGCCCCUGCGUGCCGAAGCGGACAAGCUCGCUCACGAGGUCCUGCCCCAAGCCCCAAUGGAGGGCAACAUCUCUGUGGCAUACUACCUCAGGGAGCUGGUCAAAGGCAUCAACAUAAAAGACUUCAGCUCCUCAGGAAUGAACAACGUGCCACUGGAGAGCAGGGAGGCGAUAAAUGCCUGGGUAUCCAUCUGCUCAGACCUGAACACCCUGCCCACUGACGAUCUCGACCAGGUCAUUCGUAGGAUUAUGUGCAGCCUGGGAUUUAAAGACAAGAAUGAAUCCCUGUUAUCAAUGGCAAGUGCAUCCUACUGUGUCAACUCAGCCCAGCAGAUGGAAGAGUUGCCAGCAGAGAGGACAGACGUAUAAUUAGAUUAUUUACAGUCUUAGCAUGUGAAUCUCUUAUUACAAAUAAAGACCAUAUAUAAUAUUCUAAAGUUGGCAAAUUCAUUGUA